AUGAGAUGUGAUCCAACCAAGUGUUACAUCACUGUUGAGAAAAAGGCACUGUAUGCUGGGACACUAUCCACCGGAAAAUCUAUGUGGUUCAAUUUCACCUGCCAGCGGUUUGAUUCACAAUACCCGUACAAGCAUGCGGGCGCUACCAUCCUCCCAUAUUACUUCAACGUCGACCGCCUGUCUGACGUCAGCAACUACUGUCAGGAUCCGAACUUCCGGGGAAAACCGUGGUGUUACUCGAACAGUCUGUCCAGACUGGCCUCACACCUGCUCACCUGCAACAUCCCAAAAUGUAAUCCAGGUCCAAACUGCAGCAUCGCACCGUUUGUAGCAGGCGCCAAAGUCAGAUCGAUGACAAAGCGACAGGAUGGCAGUGUGACGGCGGAGUACGAGUGUGUGGACGGAUUGGUCCGAGUGAACAGUGCUCGGGCCGUCUGUAAGGGAGAUAAUCAGGGAAACGAAGACUGGCAAGUCGCGGCUGUAAUCUGUGCUCACAAAACGUGUUACAUGUUGAGUUCUGGCCCGAAAAGGACAUCAGCUGUUUAUGCUGGCACCAAGAACACGACGGAGAGUGGUCGGAAGUGUCAGCGCUGGAAUUCCAUGUUCCCUCAUACGCACGUCUACACCAAAAUCGCCGACUACUUGACGGACGACUCGUUCGACGAAGUCGCCAACUACUGCCGCGACCCGUCUGGCGACCUAACGCCGUGGUGCCACACCACGGACCGAUCUGUCCGCUUCGAGAAGUGUGGCAUUGACGCGUGCCAGUUCAUGGGAUGAAAUAACUCCAGUAGAGACAGACAUGAACAUCAAGUCCGAAUGUCAAACAUGAUAUAUACUGACGUCCAAAAGAAACUCUACAUACGUAAAAUGUUAAUAAUUUGAAAAAUAUUGUUGCCUAUCAAAAAGAACCAAUUUAGAAACCACCUUACAAACAUUUUGCAAACAUUUUGCACAUAUCAUAUCCCACGAUAGCAUUUGUUUUCCAUUAUACAAUUCCAAGCCUUUUGAAGUUUAUAUAAAGUCGUGA